AUUCCAACCCUCCACGCCCAUCAUAAUCCUGUCCUCGGCAAAGAGAUCAACACGUCAUGGCGCCAAAUGACUGGACACUGCUUUCGCAACCAGACGAAGAUGCGCUCCACAAUGUCUCUCGUCUCCUCGCCGUCGAAGCACGCCCAUACAUGCACACAGCCGAUCGCCUGCUAAAACCAAACUUCUUCUCUGUCGCGCGCGCCCAGCUGCCCUCCCCACCACCAGAUGCCACGCCCGAACAGGAAGAAGCCGCCUCGAAACCGCUCUCGAAUGAGCAAAAAGCGCACAAAGUCGCCAUCUGGCGGCGAGACAUAAUGAACGAGCUCUCGUUGCUCGACUUUGCUAUUGUGCGCGCGGAAUUCACAACGGAGAGUAAUGUCGAGGAGCGCAAACGGUAUGCGGUGGAGAAGGAUGGUAUCACGACCAAACAACAACAUGUCAAAGACACUAUCGAACAGCUAAGGGUGGAUCUGGUCGAGGCCAAGGAGACGCUUGCGGGGCGCAAGACGUACGACGAGUUGACGGAGAAGAUUACCAGCAGCAAGAUGCUGAAACCACGGGACGAGCAGGCGCUUGCGCAUGCGAAACUGGACGAGGAGAUUGCGGAGCUGGAGUGGGAGAUUCAGUCUGCGAAGAACACGUGGAGCGAGCGACGGAUGCAGUUUGGCAGGAUUGAAGAGGAGGCGCGAGAGAUGCUGAGGAUGAUUAAGGAUGAGAAGGAAGAGGCGGAGCGCAAGGAGGGCAUGAUGAAGGAUGGAGAUGAGGAUGGGGAUGUUGAAGGCAGCACCUCUAGGGGAGAUGUGAGCCAUGUUGGCACUCCGCGGCCAGAUGGUGGCAUGACGCCGGUUCACGUCAGCCAGAGCGGAGAGGGCUCUUCCACACUCAGGGUUCCACCGCAGGAUCGGUUGAGGGCGCUUUCUAGGGAUCAGAGCCCUGCGCCGUCUCUUGCUAGGUCUGGCGUUCAUGAGGAUACCGACAUGGCGGAUUUGGAUGCGAAAGCGGGGCAUGAAGAUGACGAUUCUUCUGGGUUAGAAGAGGGAGAAGAUCUGGAAGAAGGCGAAGACGACAGCGAGGCCAAGAUGGACGAGUCGUGAGCGGGACGAGUACGCGAUGGCUUAUGACCGCUACGAUGAAGACGGACGAAACUUCUUGGUUCGUGAGCGGCCUCGUUUUCUCGAUCCCUUUCGGAACGGAUCUCAUUCAGGUCUUAUAUUUUCGGCAUAGCGCGGUGUUCUGGCUGCAUUUCAUUUCUCGUUUCAGACGUCCAUCUGUAGACUCCAAUACCCUCCUCUAUGAGUAUGCUUCAUCAGUAUGCUCGUCCCUAUCAGCAUGCCGUUCACGACUUUCAUAAUCCCCACCUACGCACUCUCCUGCAUCGCCUCUUUACCCUUCGCAAUCGCUUCCUUCGCCUUCGUCACCUCCGCGUCGGGCGCAUCUGCCCCACUAACCU